AUACAGAGAGUUGAAGUACAGUGUGAUUUCGGCAGAUGUUAUUGUUAUCCAAACACAAUUCGCUAAUUUAACCACAAAAGUGUUUGUUAUAUGUGCGGGAACGUUUCUUAGUCUACCUUACCUCUGCGAUAUAAUUUUAAUCUCCGAUUAAGUGAAAUUCGACUUUGUAAUAUUCUUCUUGAAGCAUUAACAGUGGUUAAAGGAUAAAAGUGUUUGCCUAAACUUUUAACGAAAUAAGAUUUUAUUCUGUAUUUAUAAACUAUACAGUGGCGCCAUCUCUUAUCUGCAAUGCCGAAGUGCCGUGCGUGUGGCAAAUAUACGGCCAAUGCCGACUGCAUACGAUGUACCAAGUGUACAAAUGUGUACCACCGCGGCUGCAGUGGUCUGCCUGCCGGCCAGCCCCCCCUAGGAUUUUCUUGCCAGGGCUGCAAGGCUAAGCCAGCGGACAAUGUAUCAGCAGAAAGCUCCAGCCCCGGUGAUGAGGCAAUGGCCUCCGUAAAGGGUACGGCUGAUCAAACCCGUAUGCUCCUCGAACUCAUUCAUGAGGUAAAGGGUCUUAGAAGCGAUCUAAAUGAUACAAUAUAUGAGAUAAAGCAGUUCAAGGCGGAUCUACAAGCGUGCAGUAGUCGGUUAACUGCAGUCGAAGAAAAGGUUCUCAAGGUUGAAAAACAACUUGAUGUAAAAACAUUUGCCAACGAGCAGCUCGAGAAUACGGUAGCCGACCUGAAGAUGCAAUCGAAUGAACGAGACCAAGAGUUGUUGCAAAAUGAUGUCGAAAUAGCCGGGCUGCCGGAAGAGAGAAGCGAGAACGCUCUCCAUCUCGCCAGCAUUGUGGCCGUAAAGCUGGGCCUGACACUGGAGGAGCGCGACAUCGUCCACGCAGAGCGGCGGGGCGCGGUGCGGCGCAACCGAAGCGACGGCGCGCCACAGCAACCGCGACCGCUGGUCGUACGGCUGGCACGUCGCGCUCAGCGUGACGCCAUGCUGCGAGCCGCACGUAUCCGCCGGGGCCUCUCCACGGCCGACAUGAGCUUGGCUGGAGCGCCGAGUAAAGUUUACAUCAACGAACGCCUCACGCGCACCAACCGGCAACUGUUUGGUAAGACGCGGGAAGCUGCUUCCCGUGCGCAAUGGAAGUACGUGUGGACAAAAGGUGGUCAGGUAUUUACAAGAAAGGACGACGGUAAGAUUGUAGAACGAAUUCGUACGGAAGGAGAUAUAAAUAAAAUUUUUGUCUAAUUAUUAGUUUGGCUACACGCAACGCUAUAAUAAAGCAACCUAGGUACAUUUUAUUGUCAGGCCUCUACUACACUUUAUUAAAAACUAUAACUUUAUUAAACUUAAUAUGCAGACACUUAGAUUACAUGAGGCUCACAAUAGUUUUAUUUUUUAUUACCUACUAUUCAAAUUGUAUUUUCAAUUACCAUUUAUUACGAUGUUAUAGUUUGCGUGCCUCCGAUUCAAUCAAAAUUAAUUGUUACUCCUUCCUUGCUUCAUUGUUUAUUAUGUACACAUCUGUCUUUCAUUUUACAAAUGUCUUAUAUUGUAUUUUAUCUUUAUUCCACACCUAUUUACUACGGUGCAACAACAUAACAGUAGUAUUAAACUGCCUACGCUCCGACCAUCCAUUUUUAUUUAUCUGUUGGUCGUUGUUUGUUUAUUUUUUUAUUAAUGUAAUUAUGUUUUUUAAGUUCUCAAGGUCUUAUAUCUUUUAUUGUUGUGUUGCAGUGAAAUAUUAUCCUAGAAACCACACUGUUAAUCCAUUUAACCCUUGUGCAGACGAUUCGCUUAAGAUCAUUUUUUAUUGUUGUCUUUCGUUUAAUUUGUAUUUUACUAAUGUUAUUUUUAUUUUGAUCUUACUCGUAUGGUAUAGCUCAUGUUUUUGUUGCAAUGCUAACCGAUGGGGUUUUUGUUAUAUUUUCGUUACUUGUCUGAAGUAUUAUCUCUGUAAGAACUUAUAUAAAUAUUCCAGUAACCGGAUAAGAUUGUUAUUAUAUUACACUAUUUCAAUU